AUGAAAGGCACCUGGGAGCCCGAGUGGUACCGCAGCGGCUAUCAGCCUGCUUUCGUCGGCGAGGGCUCCCAGCUCGCCAUGUUCGGCAACAAAAAGUAUCUCUGGGGCAACAUGCCUGCCAUCGACAUUCUGCAGCUUCAGCACAACGAAAGCAAGAGUUGUGAAACGAGCCAAGACUUCAAUCUUCUCUUCGCCGCGUCGGAUUUCAUCAUCGUGGCCCGUAACGCCAUCAUGCUCCUCAUUGCGCUCCAAUUCGAACCAAAAGAUGCAGUACCGAUGAUCAUCCACUUGUGGUACUCAGCGUUACUUCCUUCUCGUAUAAUGCAGGCGAUUCAGAUCAACAUCCUUCCUAUGGUCGAACAUGUUUGCCAGCAGAUCAAGAACAAGCCCGAAAGUGUACUGCAGGCGAAGACAUUUGGGUCAGGUGACCGAAAGCUACGCAUUACCCUCAAGAAGGAAGACUGGAUCCGCUUAGCGAGGUUUUGUCGGGUCUUGGAGGGAUUGACAGCGGAAGCUGCACAACAGAUUCGUCACCGUAUCAUGCUGGCUGCUGAGAGGGUUGACUAUCGUGAUCGUGCUCUGCUGAACAUGCCCGCUGGUGUCCGCCAAGGUGAUUGGCCGAUGAAAGACAAUGCUAGUCCCCGCGAUGGUUGGCUUUUUGACGAGUAUAUGCAGGAUGCCCCAGCUGCGAAAGCAGAUGAGUUCGGUGCUAUCUUUUUCCAUAUCCGAAGACUGCUUCUCAAGUUUUGUGGCCGGCUCCAGGGCUCUAACAUCUCGUUCCGGCUGUUUAACAUGGAUGCCCAAUAUCUAGGAGGCUAUCUCGAUGAGAUGAAGUUCGAUCGUAUCGAGGUCUUCUCGCAACUCCUCAAAUCGGCUGCACAGAACCCCAAAGCCACGUUGCUUAUGCUCUUCAUCAAUGCUGCCGUCGAGACCGAUCACGCAGUAAACCCACAAGGCGAUGUACUGUCGGUGGUAUCGGCAAUGAAACGGCUCGACAAGUACAUGCCAGUCGGAAAACCACGAGCGACUCUUCCUAGAGGUAUGUUGGGCACGAAUGCACAUCCUGAACUGAUCUUACGUACUGCCUGCUAUAACCUGUUUAAACCGUGGGACAAGUACUUCGAUAUGUUCAUGGAUGAGGCCAGGAUUACUCAGUUCGCUGCGCUGUGCGGGAUGGCUAUCAAAAAAGAGCACACCAUUGUUCAGCCUUGGCCAUAUAAGAUUCGGAAUUGCACCACCAAAAAGGAGUUCGAUAUUCUACGUGCUGGAAGUUUGACAGGAUUUGAGCGUUAUAUGGAGUUUCAGAAGUUUGAAGAUGUCGCUGACGACAUGAGUUUUGAGUUUGCUGGCAUGCAAUUAUAG